AUGGAGGGCUUGGCCUUCACUUCAAGACGACUCUAUUUGAAGAAUACCUUAUGCGUACACUGCCUCCGCCGGAUACAGGGCCCAGACAAUAGGCCUAUCUCACGCGCUCAAAACGUUUACCCUCAACCACCACCAAAACCUACUUUUCAAUUUCAAAUAAGAGCGCAUAAAACUCUCAGUCAAGGAUCCCAAGUAUCACAGGCCUAUCCUCUGAAAGGCUACUACUCUGACAUCCUUUCUCACCCAACCCGUGUUGCCAAUCCCGCUCGACAUGACCCUUCCACACCACCAGCCCCCGCCGCCCAGGCAUCUUCCGACACUCGCGAACCUACACCCGCCGAAAAGAUGAGCAUAGUUUUCGGGACCCGCCUCGCAGGUCCAGGCUACACAUCGCGUUACAAUCCAACCACUCCACCAGACUCAACCUGGCAAACAAUCAACGGCGUCCCGAUCCCCCCGCGCCCCUCAGAGCCAGAUAAUUGCUGUAUGAGCGGAUGCGUACACUGUGUCUGGGACGAUUACCGAGACGACAUUGAAGAAUGGGCGGCGCGGGUACGCGAGGCGAAAAACCGUGCAAAAGUGAUGAUUGAGGCGGGAGGAGAUGUGAGGCAUAAGCCGCGCCGUGAGGUUGAGAGCGCGAGUAUGAGUAUGGACGAUGAUGGAGGGGGGAGUGAGGGUAAUUGGGUUGGCGAUCCAUUGUCAACGGAGGCGGAGGAUCUGUUUGAGGGGAUUCCAGUGGGCUUUAGAGAGUUUAUGAAGACGGAGAAGCGACUGAAACAGAAGAAGACGAGUCAACAAGAGGUGUGCUGA